CCCCCACGGGGGGGUCGGCGCGUCGUCAGUACGCCUGUAGGACCUGCUCCUUCAGGAGCCGCUGGCAGAGAUCCUACGCCCGGCACCUCAUCCUGCACACGAGGCAGGGCAUCCUACGCUGCUCCUACUGCCCCUACGAGACGAACAGCAGCCACAACUUGAAGCUGCAUGAGAACAAACACACGGGCUCGAACAUGUUGCAGUGCCCGCAUUGUGAGUACACGACCGUGUACAGGAAUAAUUUAAAUCUACACAUAUCCAGACACACGGGCUCGAACAUGUUGAAGUGCGAACAUUGCGAGUACACGACCGUGUGCAAGUCACAGUUAAAGGUACACAUAUCCAGACACACGGGCUCGAACAUGUUGGAGUGCCCGCAUUGCGACUACACGACCGUGCACAAGGGGCACCUCAAGGCACACAUGCCCCGACACACGGGCGUCGGAUGGCUCGUGUGCACCGUAUGCGGAUACAAGACUGGCGAUCGCAGUAAUUUCCACAGACAUACUCGUCGCCAUGACGACAGAAAUCGUGCUAAACGUUGCCAUGGCGCCAGAAAAAUAAGUGAAAACCUACGUGCAUCAGAGUCUCAAAGCCAAAGCCUUGACUCGUCAAAAGCCCCAUGCCUCGACUCACCUAAGACCCAAAACCGCCGCCUUGACCCACUAAAGAAGCAGCAUGACUCACUAAAGCUACAAAGCAAGCAGCUGAAGUGUCCCCACUGCCCCUUUUUUACCAAGCGGGCCCACUAUUUACAUCGCCAUGUCAGGGAGAUGCAUGGGGUGGGUUACUAUUGCUGCCAGAGAUGUGACUACAAUUGUGACCUCCUACGCCAUCUUACCCAACAUGAACGUGAAUGUCGCAAGAAGAUGAAAAAUAAUUGAAGAGGAGGUUAAUCAAGCAAGUUCGAGUUGUUUUUCGUCGCCAGGCGUCGCUAUGGGGACGGUGAUGAUGCGGAGCGUUGCUAUGGCGACGGGAAUCGUGCCAAGCGUUGCCAUGGGGACGGUGAUGACGCCAAGGUUGCUAUGGCGACGGGGAUGACGCUAAGCGUUGCCAUAGGGACGAAAAUCGUCCAAGCGUUGCUAUGGUGACGAGGAUGAACAGAUUUUAACGCAUUCGGUUAAAGAAGAAUUCAAAAUGAGCAAAUUGAAAGAAGAAAACAUGGAGGACGUGAAAUAAAAUGAUUUCUUUUGAUAGAGGAAACCGUGAUUGUGUAUAGAUGGGAAUAAUAAUAAGUCUUUAUAGGUAGUUUUUAGAAAGGAGUAGAUUUUGUUUUCAUAUUGAAAAUGAAUUGUAUUUAGAAAGAAUACUGUUAUGUUCUGUUGAUGAUGGGAAAACCGUUUUUUAUUUUAUUUCAGAGAAGUUUCGUUUUUCACGGGAUAUUUCCCUACUGAAUUUUUCUUCUUACACAAUUUGACUGGAAAUUUUAUAGAAGUUUAAGUAGAAAUUGUGUUACUAUUUUGGGUGAUUUGGAAAGGAAAUUGUAGAGUAUCUUUGUGGCUAAGAUACGUACCGUGCAGCGGAGUAUCUUUGUGGCUAAGAUACAUACCGUGCAGCGGAGUAUCUUUGUGGCUAAGAUACAUACCGUGCAGCGGAGUAUCUUUGUGGCUAAGAUACCGUACAGCGGAGUAUCUUUGUGGCUAAGAUACCGUGCAGCGGAGUAUCUUUGUGGCUAAGAUACCGUGCAGCGGAGUAUCUUUGUGGCUAAGAUACAUACCGUGCAGCGGAGUAUCUUUGUGGCAAAGAUACCGUGCAGCGGAGUAUCUUUGUGGCAAAGAUACCGUGCAGCGGAGUAUCUUUGUGGCUAAGAUACAUACCGUGUUUGUCUAGUUUCUAGUCUGUAAUUUAGUGGAGAAAAUACGGCAUAUAUUUGCCGUAUUUAUUUAAUACGGAAAUUUUUUUCACGUUUUUUCAAUUAUUUUCAAGCGCUCAAGUGUCUCGUCUCGUUGAAUUGCUUGCCACCGGAAUUUCAUGUAAUUUGUAAUCGUUCUUUUAAAAAUAAGUUU